AUGUCCUCUCCCGCACCGAUUAAUCCAACUAUCUCGUCUACCCCCAUCCAAGUUCAACCUCCAGUCCAAACCUUGGCAGUACCACAACUACAGAGACGUAACUACCAAGACUUUCCAGGUCGCAAUAAGUUCUUUUGUGGAGGUCGCUUUAUGACUAGCAGAGAAUAUUGGGCAUUCCUUGUUGCACUUGUACUUAUUGUUGGUCCAUCUGUUCUAUUUGGUAUAUUUACCUGCCCGUUCUUAUGGGAUAAUGUUCAUCCAGCUGUUCCUAUCGUAUUUUGUUAUCUGUUUGUUCUUUCAUUUGCUUCGAUGAUCAAGACUUCUUGGACUGACCCCGGAAUCAUCCCGCGCGACUUAGACCCUACGCCCGAGUUCUUUGAUGACCAAGGGUCAGCAUACUACGGUGAAUCUGAGUGGAGUCACGUCCCAGUUCAAAAAGAAGUAAAGAUCAGAGACAACACUUGGGCACUGCGUUACUGCGAUACAUGUAAGCUCUAUAGACCACCUCGUGCCAGCCAUUGUCGCCAAUGCGAUAAUUGUGUGGAGAAUGAAGAUCAUCACUGUAUCUGGCUGAAUAAUUGCAUUGGAAAACGAAAUUACCGACCAUUCUUUACAUUUAUUGUCACUGCUACCUUUCUCUGCCUAUUUGUCAUUGUGUUUUCGAUUGUACAUCUCCUACUUAUAGUCAGAGACCAUUCUGGGAACAUCACCUUUAUUACGGUUUUUCAUGCAGCUCCAGUAAGCUUCGUUCUUGCCAUCGUUUGCUUUCUUCUCCUCUGGAUGGUCGGUGGCCUGACAUUCUAUCACUGUUCCCUGAUCUUCAAAGGCGUCACCACCCACGAGCAGCUUCGUGCUUCAAUAAUCAACAGUAAAUAUCCAGGCAUUAGUGCAAAUCCGUUUAACAAGGGCAGUCCAGCUCAAAACAUGAUCCAUGUACUUUGCAGGCCACAACCAAAAAGGUAA